GUGAAUCUGGUCCUGAAUGAAGGGAAAUCCCUGGGCCUCAUGAUCCGAGGAGGUGCAGAAUAUUCCCUGGGCAUCUACAUCACUGGUGUAGAUAAAGGCUCCGAAGCAGAGAGUACUGGCUUAAAGGUAGGAGACCAGAUCCUGGAGGUGAACGGCCGGAGCUUCCUCAGCAUUCCCCAUGAUGAAGCAGUGAAGCUGCUCAAGUCUUCCCGCCACCUCAUCAUGACGGUGAAGGACAUCGGGAGGCUGCCCCAUGCCCGCACUACCGUGGACGAGACCAGGUGGAUAGCGAGCUCCCAGAUCGGAGACCCUCUCGUCAGCUCGGCAGGGGCAGUGGGAGACCAUGCUGCGGAGGCGACAGCCAGGCCUGUGUUUUACCGGGGCCUGGCCGGCUCCCAGGUGACGCUGAGCAGCAUGGUGAACCAGACCCGGGUCAUGCUGGAGGAACAGGCUAACGAACAGGAGCGGGCGACCAUGGGGUACUACCUGGAUGAGUAUAAGGAAGGCAACAUCUCCGUGGAUGCUCUGGUCAUGGCGCUCUUCGAGCUUCUCAACACACACGCGAAGUUCUCACUGCUUUCAGAGGUGCGGGGUGUGAUCUCCCCGCAAGACCUCGACCGCUUUGACAACCUGGUGCUGAAGAGAGAAAUCGAGUCCAUGAAGGCUCGACAGCCCUCGGGGCCCAGCAUCGGCACCGACUCCUACUCUAUGAUGUCCUACAGCGACACCGUCUCUUCCUCCAGCAGCCACUUCACUGCCACAACCGUCAGCUCAGCCCGGGAGCGGCUCUUGUGGCUAAUAGACCUGAUGGAGAACACAUCAGAACUGGAGGGAGGUGGAGACAGCCACCAAAGUAGCAUCAACACCCUCCCAGACAUCUCCUUGGAUGAUCUCUCCUCCUUCCCAGACGAACCACCCAACUUCAAGCCUCCACCUCCUCCUUCAGCCCCUCAAAUGCUGGACCCCUCUGCUGCCCAGCACAGGAACCCCGGGAAAGACAAGCCCAAGCGCCCUUCCUCCGAGUCCUCUCAGUCAGGCCUCUUCUUCGUGGCCCCCCGAAACCCCACGCCCCCUCCUAGCCACCCCGAGAAGGACACAGUCAGCAUGACUUCCACUGCUACCACAUCCACCGAGGAGUCUGCCCCCAGCGCUAUCUACGCUACCAUUUCCCCAGCCCUGCACAGCUCCAGGAGGCAAACGGAUGCCCAGCUCUCCUUGGUCAGCCAGCACCCCAUCGGUCCCUUCCCCAGGGUCCAGUCCCCAACGAGGUUGAAGAGCCCAACCCCAGACAGCCCUGCAGCCGGUGGGCUUCAGAGCCCCGCUUCCCCGUCCCCUCCUCCUCCCCCACCCCACCCGGCACCCCCUCCACCAGACAAGGGCAGCCCGCAGGCCAUGGCCAACCAGCAUUUCAUCAUGGUGGAGGUGCACCAGCCCAACAGCGAGCCCGACGUCAAUGAAGUGAGACCCUUGCCCCAGGCCAGAGCAUCCACGCUCUCCCAGCUGUCGGACAGCGGGCAGACCCUCAGCGAGGACAGCGGGGUGGACAUCGGGGAGGUUGAGAUGAGCGGCAAGGACAAGAGCCGGCAGCCGGUCCCUGGGAAAAGCCGAAGCCUCAAGGAGGCCAUGAGGAGCGAGGGGAUGGCAGAGGGGGCCUCCAAGCCGCCAGGGCUCUUGGAGCCCACGUCGUGUCUGAUCCGAGUGUCCAAGAGCGCACCCACCCUGGGGAUCGCCAUCGAGGGCGGAGCGAACACGCGGCAGCCGCUGCCCCGCAUUGUCACCAUCCAGCACGGGGGCUCGGCGCACAACUGUGGGAAGCUGAAGGUGGGCCACGUCAUUUUGGAGGUGAACGGCACGGGGCUACGGGGCAAAGAGCAUCGGGAAGCCGCCCGUAUCAUCGCUGAAGCCUUUAAGCUGAAGGAAAAGGACUACAUUGAUUUCCUGGUCACAGAAUUCAACGUCGCUCUUUAGGAACCCAAAGGGGUUUUGGG